UUAUAUCAUACUGGGAUAAUCCCAUAUAGUUGCACCAAGCAGUCGAGCCAACGAUGCAAGCUCGAACUGGAAGGUCAUUCGCCGCCUUCUCGUCGGCUCCCGAUGGAUCGCGUCGGGGAGCGAAGGGGCAAAUAGGAGAACGACGCCGCAGUUCCGGGCCAGCACGUGUCAGUCAAUUCAAUCCGUUUGCGCCUGCGCCGCUGGCACUGGGACGGCUUUCAGACCUGUCGUCCCGUCCUCUCGCUCCCCUGUUCGCAGCCACGCAAGCGGCUUGCCAGGGGCCUUGCAGUAGUGUGGUGGGCGGGGACCCUCCCCAUUCCUCGGCUCGGGGACCUUCUUUAAGACGUGCUGUCCGAGGCAGAAUGGAAAGCACGGAGACGGCAAAGGAAGGAAAAUUCAAGACAUUUUCCCUCGGCACUGCAACUACCUAGCUACCUAAGGUAAGCUCUUACUUUUGGCUGCUUAGAGGUACUGUUUUGCUCCUCCGCGAGACAUGAGAGCUACCUACUAAGGUAGGUAGGUAGGUAGCCGGGAAACCCUGUCGUAGUCGUCCAACUAAGCUCCAUAUUACUGUCCAAAGGUAGGUAGCUUGUACUUGCCUGCCUGCACUGCGUUAGCUCCUCCUUCCCGCUCGGGCUUGAAUUAAAUCAUUCCGAGCAGGGAAAGUGCAAGGGCAGA